UCGCCGCAUUGUUUGCACUAGGCCUGAGCUGCUAGGGGCAAAAGGAUUCUGGUUCGUUGCUCGUCUAACUCGUAAGGUGCUUCUAUCGACCUCUGCAGCAUCUCAGCAGUUGACCGCACCAACUUAGAUUUUGCCAGAGGGUCAAUAAAACGACUUUUACCCUGUGGAGUCAAUUUUGUGCCAGACCUUCCUUUUUGUGCCAGACACAAGCAAAGGCAGGGUGGAGACCUGAGACACUUCCUCAUCUUUGUUUGACCCAGUGCCCAUGUGCACAGGUCUGAAAGGAAAUCCACAUUUUUUCCUUGAGAGAUAAAUAAUGGAAAUCUGAGCUAAAGAUGGGAUCAGUGCAGUCACAUUUUGGCAGCUUGUGUGUAAAAGAGAAAAAGCAAGAGGAGGAGAGAUAUGUUCGAGCCAAUGACAGACCUUCCAACCUGUCUUACAACUAUGCUAACAAUGCCAUCCGGACCUCCAAGUACAACAUAAUCACCUUUCUGCCUCUUAAUUUGUUUGAGCAGUUCAGGAGGCUGGCUAAUGCCUACUUCCUCUUCCUCCUCAUCCUUCAGUUAAUCCCACAAAUAUCCUCUCUGUCCUGGUUCACCACAGCUCUGCCGUUAAUUUUGGUGCUGUCCAUGACAGCGGUCAAAGAUGCCAAUGACGACAUAAACAGACACAAAAGUGAUCGGCAAGUGAAUAACCGCACGGUGAACGUCCUCAUCGAUGGAGUACUGAAAAAUGAAAAAUGGAUGAAUGUUCAGGUUGGGGACAUAGUUAAGCUCGAGAGCAAUCAGUUUGUUACAGCAGACCUCCUGUUGCUGUCCAGCAGUGAGCCUCUCAAUCUAGUCUAUGUGGAAACGGCUGAGUUAGAUGGUGAAACAAACCUGAAAGUGAAACAAGCCUUGACUCUCACAGGAGAGAUGGGAGACUCCAUUGAAACUCUUUCUGCCUUCAAAAGUGAAGUGCGAUGUGAGCCUCCAAACAAUCGCUUAGACAAAUUCAAGGGAACCUUGACCGUGAAUGGACAGAAUUAUGGCCUGGACAACGAUAAGAUACUGCUGAGAGGAUGCACUCUGAGAAACACAGAGUGGUGCUUCGGUCUGGUCAUCUUUGGAGGUCCUGACACCAAGCUAAUGCAAAACAGUGGAAAGACAAAAUUCAAACGCACCAGCAUCGACCAUCUGAUGAACGUCCUUGUGUUGUGUAUCUUUGGUUUCCUGUUUACCUUGUGCUUCAUUCUGGCCAUCGGCAAUGCGGUCUGGGAGGUGAAGGAGGGCUCCGUGUUCACCGUGUUCCUUCCACGUGAACCCGGUGUUAAUGCUGCUCUCUCCUCCUUCCUCUCCUUCUGGUCCUAUGUCAUUGUCCUCAACGCAGUGGUGCCCAUUUCCCUCUAUGUCAGUGUGGAGGUUAUCCGUCUUGGGAACAGCUUCUUCAUAAACUGGGACAGGAAGAUGUAUUAUCCCAAGAACGACACUCCGGCUCAGGCCAGGACCACCACACUCAAYGAGGAGUUAGGCCAGAUCAAAUACAUCUUCAGUGACAAGACUGGCACUCUGACACAGAACAUCAUGACAUUCAACAAGUGCUCCAUCCAUGGAAAAAACUAUGGGGAGCUGUAUGAUUUUUCUGGACAAAGAGUUGAAAUAACAGAGAAAACACAAAAAGUGGACUUCUCCUGGAACAAGCUGGCAGAUCCGAAGUUUGACUUCCAUGAYUAUAGUCUAGUGGAGACUGUGAGAGAGGGAAACCCUGAAGCKCAGGCCUUCUUCCGCCUGCUGGCUCUGUGCCACACCGUCAUGCCUGAAGAAAAGAAAGAGGGUGAGCUAAACUACCAGGCACAGUCUCCUGAUGAGGGCGCUCUGGUCACRGCGGCAAGGAACUUUGGAUUUGUGUUCCGCUCUCGCACACCCGAGACUAUCACCAUCAUGGAAAUGGGCGAGAAAGUCACAUACGAACUCCUGGCUGUUCUGGACUUUAAUAAUGUACGGAAGAGGAUGUCAGUAAUAGUACGCGGCCCUGAUGGGAAGAUGACACUCUACUGCAAAGGUGCUGACACCAUCAUCUAUGAAAGAUUAGACCACUCUUGUAAAAGGUUGAUGAAAGUUACUACAGGACACCUAAAUGAAUAUGCAGGAGAUGGGCUACGCACUCUUGUUCUGGCCUACAAGGACUUAAAGGAGAACUACAUGGAGGAGUGGACACAGCGCCACCAUGAAGCUAGCACAGCCCUGGAAGGACGAGAKGAGAGACUCGAUCAACUUUAUGAAGAGAUUGAGAAAGACAUGAUUCUGCUGGGAGCGACAGCUGUUGAAGACAAGUUGCAAGACGGUGUACCACAGACUAUUGAGCAGCUGGCUAAAGCCGACAUCAAAAUCUGGGUGCUGACUGGUGAUAAACAAGGUAUGAGUUGCUACAUAUUAGGGCUGUUGUAA